GGCACUGGCCUGGGACAGCAGUCAGGACAGGGGAUGGCUUUUGGUGAGGGUUCAGGGCUGGGGCACAGGGUGUAGGAGGGUAUAGGUAUUGGCUUUGGUUCAGGGCUGGGGCAGGUAAUGGGGGUGCUGGUGCUGGGAGGGGCUCUGGGGGUUGGGAACAGCCUCAGCCUUACUGCCCUUUCCACCGUGUCACUGGGAGGCUAUCUGCCUGCCUGCCCUGGGCCCAUGCCACACCACCAGCUCAAGCCAUGCCAUGCCCAGAAGGGGCCAACAGGCCCUUGUAGCCUCAAGGGUAGCAAACAGGAGACAUGUGGCUGUGCGCUCUGUCAGUACCACCCCCUCAGCUCCCAUUGGCCACAAUUCCCCAUUCCUGGCCAAUGGGAGGAGCUGCAGGGGGCACUGCUUGUAGUUAGUUCCACACACAUGAGGCCAUGCUGAAUGCUUUUGGGGAUGGGCUGGCAGCAUGGGGCUGCCAGGUGGUGAUGGGGAUAAACCAGUCAAUCGCAAUUGACCGGUUGGUGACUACUGAUGCAGGGAAAGUGUAAAGGAUCUGGAGCUGAGCAACAAAGGGAUGGAAGUAUGAGCAUCGGCUGAAGGAACCGGGUACAUCUACUUUGGAAAUCAGAUUAAGGGGGGAUGUGAUAGUCCUCUUCAGACACUAGAAAGGCUGGAUGGAGGAAAAAUGGAGGAAAACAGUUCUCUUGCCACAGAGGGCAGGACAAGUGUUGCGGGCUCAAACUACAGCAGAGCAGACGAUCUACUUCUACCUCCAAGCACCACAGCACAAUGGCAUGGACCGCUCGGGAGGUUGUGGAAGUAUUUCACUGAGGGCUUCCAAAAGGAAGGUGGACAGCAAUCUGCCUUGGGUGACUCACACACUACAAACCCUGCAUCUUGGCAGGGAGUAAAUUAGCUGAGCCCAGAUUUACUAAAAUGAUGGAAAGCUCCUGUCUGUUGCUCUUGUGUACAGUGGUGCAGCUAUCUGACCCUGAGAACAGGGUGUUCAGUACUAUGGGAAUGGAGGCUAGAUUAGCACAUAGUCAGACCCAAUGGUGCUUGUAGACCAACAGACUCUCAGGUGCCAUGGAGGAAGAUUGUAAAGCAUAAGUAAUGGAUAGCUCUGCAGUAACAUGUCCAUGGUGGAAACUUGCUCUUAGCCCCAACAUGAAGGUUUAUAUUCCUAGCUGAGAGAAUUCAGGAGAUAUUCACAUCAAUCUAAUAUUUUAUUAAACCCUUUAGUGAGAUCUUUGAGUUGGUAUAUUAUGGCAGUGAGUUCCACAGAUUAACACAGAUCUGUGUGCUUGCCUGAUCCCUGUAAGGGAAGCAUGGGUAAACUGGCCAUGAACUCAAUCAGUGACUCUGGGAAUCUCCAGGGGUUGAGAUGGGCUGGGAAGACUUGUUGGGAAUGAGAUCUCAGGGACUAGGCUCCUGUGUGGCUUCGACUUGCCCAGCUAGGUAUUUAGAAAGCUCUCUUUGGCUGCCUCUACGACCUGGCACUCUGCCCUGUGCUGUAAACAGUGUCAGGGUGCCUUUGAUCAGCGUCUCUUCCUUCAUGCUGGCGAGAGGGCUAUGAACAGCCUGAGUCCAUGUACUCAAUGCAUCUAUGGAUAAGUCGUGUGAAUUGUGAUGUAGCAACCUGCAGUAAGUGGUCUAUUAGCACGCAAACAAAUCAUCUGUGAUGAUGAACAUAUUGGGACUGCUAAAAUGGGUAUUUGAGCUACAGUGCCAACCUGCUAAGAUUGCUUUGGAGGCACCAGGAAGUAAAGAUUAAUCUUUUAAUUAAAAGAUUGUCAUGUGAUGAAAUCUCUAGGAAUAAGUCCUGGCAAAAUUGGCAGAUAAUUUGAGCUGAUGGUGCGAUGCAUAACCUGAUCCCUUAUGGAUCUAAGAGGAAGCUUCCCUGCUGGUGUUUGGCAGGUAUGUUAUGGGCUGUGUAUCUUCUAUUGCCGGAUGCUGCAGAGUCCAUAGGUCCAUCAGACUUGGUAUCUGGCCUUAGUCAGGACCGGAGAUGGCUGACCAGACCAAUGGGCCAGUGGCUUGAGCUGCUGUGCCCUGUGGAGCUGGGUGAGUAGCUUAUUAAUGGAAAAUGCACUUGUGAAUCUGGGAGUUUGCCAAAAAGCCUGGGCUGAAAGGUCAGGGAAGUGAGCACCCUUCACUCACUGGAGAAAGGACUGUUGGUGCUGCCAUCCAUCUCACAACUUUUUCCCUAGUGCAGGUGCACUCGCCAGGGAGGAAGAAACCCACAUUCAAUGUGCUUCCUGUGGAGGUAGCAUCUGAACUUGGGGGUUCCCAUGUUUCAGGAAAGUAUCCAAGACCCUGUACUGUUGAUUGCUCUGGAACAGGCUCUCUGGAUCUCCUGGGACAGCUGUGUAUAAAAUACUUAAUUGGUCACUGGGCCAGAGAGGCACUGACCCUUCGGUUAAGGCAGAUUCCUGGGAGAGGGGAGACCCAUCUUCAUAACCCAUUUGCAGUAGAACUGCUUCAACCAGGGCAUGGGGAGGGGGGGAGGCACACACCAGGAGCCCUCUUAGCCCAAUUGAUUUGGCACUUCCAGGGUUGUCCAUAACCAUAUGCUGAAUGUGCAGUUGUGUAGUGCACCUGAAAAUUGUGCUUGUGUGCCCAAGGAUAGCUCUGACCAUCUCUGCUCCCAAGCCCCAGGGACUGGGCAGAAGGCAGGCUGGGGAGGAAUGGCAUGGGGCAGGAAAUCCCCAAGCCCCAGCAGAAACCACACUGGAAGGGAGCAGCCUCAAUGUCUAGAGCCCAAAGUGUAAGGAUGCCCUGGGCACUUCUGUGCAACAUUUAAGACCUCAGUCAGAUUUUCUCCACAUCAGACAUGGGCGACUCAAACCUGGGUCUUCCAUAGCCCAGGUGAGUGUUCAAGCCAUUGGGCUAAAGAUUUUAAGGUGGGUGGAUAGUGACAUCACUUCCUCCUCUGCCUGUUUUGUGACUCUCUAAUACUUUGCUUUUAUGUGCAUAAAUGCCCAAAAUCAAAUGAAGCCGUUGGUUUCUGGGUGAACAGAAUUUUGGGUUCAACCCGAAUGGAAUCUUUGUCAGCUAUUGUGACUCCCCAUCAUUGCUUUUUGGUUCAACCAAUUAUUUUUAGUUUUUGGAACUGUCAGCAAACCUAAAAGUCGGUUAUCCACCAGCUCUACACAGCAGCUUUCUGACGCUCCUUCUGUCCCUGGCCAUGAUCUGUCUAGACUCACCUCUCUCCCUGCUUUCCCCUGCAGCCUGACUGGGAAAGAAGGUCUGACCCAUCUUCCCUCUCUGGGCCCCUCUGCAAACCCUGCCCAAGGGAAGCCACACCUCAAACAGUGUGACCUGCUCCAGCUGUCUCCUAAGCAGAAGAGGCUCUGCCGGCGGGAGCCAGGGCUGGCGGAGACUCUGCGAGAUGCCAUCCGGCUCAGCAUCAUGGAGUGCCAGUACCAAUUCCGCAACGAGCGCUGGAAUUGCAGCCUGGAUGGACGGACCAGCCUCUUGAAGCGAGGUUUUAAGGAAACUGCCUUCCUGUAUGCAGUGUCUUCUGCAGCUCUUACCCACUCGCUGGCCCGGGCAUGCAGUGCUGGACGAAUGGAGCGCUGCACCUGUGACGACUCUCCAGGCCUGGAGAAUCGCAAGGCCUGGCAAUGGGGAGUCUGUGGCGACAACCUGAAAUACAGCACCAAGUUCCUUAAACAUUUCGUGGGCCAGAAGAAGAUUGGCAAAGACCUGAGGGCUAAGGUGGAUAUCCACAACACCAAUGUGGGCAUCAAGACUGUGAAGAACGGUCUCAAAACCACGUGCAAGUGCCAUGGUGUCUCUGGCUCCUGUGCUGUGAGGACCUGCUGGAAGCAGCUCUCCCCGUUCCAUGAGACUGGCAAGAUCCUCAAGCUGCGCUAUGAUGAUGCCAUCAAGAUUUUUAGUGCCACGAAUGAUGCUGUGGGACACUCGGAGCUCAUGGGAGUGCAGCGGCACAGCCGCUCCCCCAAAAGCCCAGCUGCUCCGCGCCCCACGGAUCUGGUAUACGUGGAGGACUCCCCCAGCUUCUGCCGGCCCAGCAAAUACUCCCUAGGCACUGCCGGCAGGACAUGCUCCCGGGAGGCCAGCUGUGACAGCCUGUGCUGUGGGCGAGGCUACAACACACAGAGCCAGAUGGUCACCUUCUCUUGCCACUGCCAUGUGCAGUGGUGCUGCUAUGUGGAGUGCCAGCAAUGCAUGCAGGAGGAGGUGAUCUACAGCUGUAAGCAGUAGGGCGGGUGCAAGGAAAGGAAACCAAACAAAGGGUAUUAAUGAGCCUGGGCCCCUUGUAGGGGAAGGCAGAGGCAGGCCUUACUUGUUGCAGGGGGCUCACCACCCUUAGCCCUUCUGCUGCUGUCUGCCAAGAAGUUGUGGCACAAGACAGACUGGAUAGUCCUAUUGUGGCUAUCUGUAUACAGCUAAACAAAGAGGGCAGGCUUUAAAUAGAGCCGAGUGACAGUACCUGGGAAGCAGUGAUUCUGAAAGACUUGGGGAUCGUAGUGAAUAAUCAGCUGAACAUGAACUCCCAGAGUGACUUUGUGGCUCUACGCGCUAACACGGUCCUAGGAUAAAUGGAAGCCUGGAGUAGAAAGAAUUUAUUUUUCUGCUGUAUUUGGCACUUGCAUGCCCAUGGCUGCAAUAAUGCAUCUGCUUCUGGCAUGAACUAUCCAGGAAAGGUGCUGAUUAAAUUGGAGUGAGUUCAGUGAAGAGCCACAGAAAUGGUUCAGAAAGGGACCCUAGGAACUCAAUUUGUUUAGCUUCCCAUGAGAAGGUAAAGAGGUGACCAGUCUAUGGGUACUUACGUGGGGGGAAAUUUUUAAUAAUGGACUUUUCAAUCCAGCGUAGAAAGGUACCACAUGAUCCAAAGACUGGAAGUAGAAUCUAGCCAAGUUCAGACUGGAAACUAGGCAUACAUUUAACAGUGAGUAAUUAACUAGUAGAACAAUUUACACAGGAUUGAAGUGGCUUCUCCAUCACUGGAGAUUCUUAAAUCCAGACU